AUGACAAAGCAGAUUAUAUUUCUUAAAAAUAAAACAGUCCCUGAGGAUAAAUAUGCCACUGAAUCUGGCCUCUAUGACUAUGACAAGAUUACACAUUUACCAUUAAUUCAGCAUCGACAUUGCCCCGAAGAUCUGUUAAAGCUUCUCAGAGACCCCUCAUAUAUGAUUUCAUUACGAUACCUCAUUGUAACCUCACAACGAUCGGUGGAAUGCAUUAAUGAGUCUAUUUUGCCUUAUAUUGAUGAACAAUCGAAAAGAAAACUACUUAAUUCAACAGUCUUUACGGUGGGUCCCUCCACAGCAGAAUUUCUUCGUAGAAUUGGAUUCGAGGAUGUUCGAGGUGAAGAAACUGGAAAUGGUGAUAUGUUGGCAGAUUACAUAAUAGAGAACAUACCAUCAUUUGAUGGGGAGUUUUUAUUUCUAGUUGGAAGAACUAGAAAAGAAAUAAUCAAAAAUAAGCUGUCUAAUGGUCACUUCAACGUUAGAGAAAUGAUAGUAUAUGAAACAGCACCUCUAGACCGAAAUCUUUCAAGAUUUAAAGAUGAGCUACUUGUUGAUGCAAUCGCAUGGCUUGUGUUUUUCAGCCCCCAAGGCACGGAUGAAAUAAUCGAAUAUAUAAAAGAUUGUAAAUCUGACAUCCAAUUUAAAAUAGCUAGUAUUGGACCCUCCACUGAGAAAUUCUUAGUGAAACAUAGCUUAGCACCAGAUGUAGUAAGUCCUCAUCCGGAACCAAAAUCAUUAUUAAAAUCCAUCGAAAAGCAUCAUUAA